CAUUUACAGACAUUUUCAGAGGCAGCUAAACGGUGUGAACAGCACUUUUGACGUCAGGUUUUAUCAUUACAGCCUACUCUCAUCCGGGUCUCCUUCUUGUCCUCUUCUCUUGUGGUUUUAAUAUUUACUUCGUCCAGACCAGCGGCUGCGUAAAGCCUUAACUACAACAACAAAACAACACAUAUGCAUAUAUUUAAAGGGGAACUGUGGCUGGAGGAGCACUGGCCUUGACACACAGCUCCAUCUCCGUCUGCAGCAGAGGAUUUCAUCAAACUUUUAUUUACCAAUACAUACUGGAGAGGAUGCUGUUUGCGUUCCAGCUCAACAAGUCUCUCUUGUUUUCGACACAUUGACUGUUGAUGGCUGCGGAAUGGAGAUAGCCUUGGUGAGUUUUGAGAACGGCGGCGCAAAAGGGAGCGGUGGCGGCACUGGAGGCAACAAUGCCGAGGAGAGCUGCCGGAACGCGCUGGAUGUCCCUCAGUCGGGUUUCGUUCAAACUGGGCUUGGAGAGGACUACAAUAAGGAGCUGAACACUCGAGGGAGUCCUCAUCAACAGCAGCAGCACCAGAGCUCCUGGAAAAUCAACGACAUGAACAACACUUUCAGCUGCAGCGAGAACGCCAUGGAUGCGCUUUUACGCGCAGACCACAGUCCCCAUCUGUUCGACGAGGACAUGCUGGACAUGGACAUGGACACGGAGAGCAAUGAGAGGGUGCUCAUCAAUAUAGCUGGGCUUAGGUACGAGACCCAGCUGGGGACCCUGAACCAGUUUCCGGACACUUUACUGGGAGACCCCGCAAAGAGGAUAAAAUACUUUGACCCGCUCAGGAACGAGUACUUUUUCGAUCGCAACAGACCGAGUUUUGACGGAAUUUUGUAUUUCUAUCAGUCUGGAGGGAAGAUCCGGAGGCCAGUCAAUGUGUCAAUCGAUGUUUUCGCAGAUGAGAUUAGGUUUUAUCAACUAGGGGAGGAGGCCAUGGAAAGGUUUCGAGAGGAUGAGGGGUUUAUAAAAGAGGAGGAAAAGCCACUGCCUCAGAACGAGUUUCAGAAGCAGGUCUGGCUCAUAUUUGAGUAUCCAGAGAGCUCCAGUCCCGCCCGGGGCAUCGCUAUCGUUUCUGUGAUUGUCAUCACCAUAUCCAUCAUCACCUUCUGCCUGGAGACGCUCCCGGAGUUCAGAGAUGAGCGGGAGCUGCCGGUCACCAGCCGGCUGGACAACAGCACUGCACCCCGACCUUCCCUCACCUUCACAGACCCCUUCUUCAUCAUCGAGACCACAUGCGUCAUUUGGUUCACUUUCGAACUCAUUGUGCGCUUUUUCGCGUGCCCCAGCAAGUCGGAGUUCUCCAAGACCAUCAUGAAUAUCAUAGACAUCAUGUCAAUCAUGCCUUACUUCAUCACAGUGGGCACGGAGCUGGCGGAGCAGCAGGGCCAGGAGCACCAGAACGGACAGCAGGCUAUGUCCCUGGCCAUCCUGCGCGUCAUCCGCCUGGUCCGAGUCUUCCGGAUCUUUAAGCUCUCCAGACAUUCCAAGGGGCUCCAGAUCUUGGGGCAGACUCUGAAAGCCAGCAUGCGGGAGCUCGGUCUCCUCAUCUUCUUCCUUUUCAUCGGAGUCAUCCUCUUCUCCAGCGCUGUGUACUUCGCAGAGGCGGACGAACCGGAGUCCCAUUUCUCCAGCAUCCCUGAUGCCUUCUGGUGGGCUGUGGUCACCAUGACAACGGUUGGCUACGGCGACAUGAGGCCAGUAACGGUCGGGGGGAAGAUCGUGGGCUCUCUCUGCGCCAUCGCCGGUGUCCUGACCAUCGCGCUGCCGGUGCCCGUCAUCGUAUCAAACUUCAACUACUUCUACCACAGAGAGACGGACCAGGACCAGUCCUCCCUAAAGGAUGAGCCGAACAGCGGCCGAGCGAGUCCUGAACUCAAACGAAAAGGGAGUAAAUCUUCAGCCAAGUCUCAGGACGUGGAGAACAACGACGCGUCCGCGUCAGUGGAGAAGGGUAUCAAAGCAAACAGCAGUAUGGACUUCAAAAAAUCCCUUUACGCUUUCUGCCUGGACACACGGGAGACAGACCUGUAGUCCACAUGUGCUACUUUGCGUCUUUAACUCUCAAAGUCUAUAGUUAUGUACAAUAAAAACCCCAUUAGCGGGCUCUUAAGUCUUUGCACAUAGCAGGCGGAGGAUCAACACAUUGCAAUCCUGAAAAGUUUUAAGAGCCACGGAGGUUGAUUUAUAAAAAGCACAUUUUAAUCCCCUUCAUCUGGUAAGCACAUCCGUUAGUGGAAAAAACAAGGAGUUAUGAACAAACCACAGUGUAUGAGAUGCAACACAGUGGCCCUUUAAACCAACAAAACUGAGACAAAUCACCUGAAUCCAACUCAUGGAUGACAUAGUGAGGAUGAAAGUGUGCUACAGAUAAUCAAGGACAAGCAGGAAUAAUUACUUGACACUGCAAGAGGAUUAACGGGACCAACCACACUCAUGUACAUAAGAAGACACUCAUCUUUAGCAGUGCAAAGAAAACCAAAUUUUUAUUUUUCGUACCAUCCCUCACUUAGUCGUUAUGUUUACGCUGAAGCAUCAGCAAACGUGUACAUAUUUCCCACAGGCCUAUUAUUGAUGAUUUGGACCAUGAUUUUAUUGUAGAUUUUAAGGGGAUAAAACUAUAUUUUUGAGAUGCAGACACCUGUUUCCUCCACUCAGGUUCUGUCAGAGAAGUGAGCAACCUUUUUAAAUGAGAGUUGUUUGACUCUCAGUGGACCUAAAGAGAAGAUUUUUAGGUGUUGAACCAUAGCCUUGUUAAUGAUCAUUUUAAACUAAAGAAUAUUAAGAUUUUUUUUUUUAAAAAAGGACAUAACAUGGAAGUACAUAAACUGAGGGAAUGAUAGCCAAGAAAGAGGACAGCGCAGAGACCAUCUGGAGAGAUCAAGCAACACAGAUACCAGCAGAGAGUUGAAACCCUGCCCUCCGACCAUCAGGAGAGUUGACCUGACAGCAGGAAUCCCCUUCAUCAGGAACAAAAAACUGCUGCUGCACUUCACAACAGCAUCUACAACCUUCUUUUGGAACUCUGUGCCUUCAACCAAAAUUCACCAGUGAUACUUCUGGAGCAGUCAAGGGUUUUUGGUUUCUUUUUUUCUGCUUUUCUUCUUCAGUUUUAUUUGCCUGAUGUAGGAAGGAGGGCCUGGUAUCAGGAAGCUGCUCUCACACUUCGUCUCUCUGGAGAAAAAAAAUAACCAGGACAUGCAAUUUUUGAUCAUUUUAACAUCCGAAUAUGCUCUUCUUUUUUCUACAAAUUGUGUCCAUGACUGACUUCAUAUUGGAAGAAAAUCCCUCUCUGUGCAAUAUCAGUCAAUACUUAUUGUCAUGUGGAUGAACUUUGCUCAUUUUGGUUUAUUUUUGUAAUGAUGUUUUCCUGAUUUCUAUUUUUCUAAAAUGAUAAUUGUGUAAGACAGAUGGGGGAUUGAU